UAUUUACAUAAUUCAACUACUCCACUGGGUCUGGGAGACAGAUAUUUUGCAAAUAAAAGAGAGACUCCGGUGACUUGAACAGCCGGCGACGAAACUUUCCAAACGCGCUUCGCUCUUCUUCUUCUUCUUCCACCUCCGAUCCAUCGUAAAACCAUGGGUAACGGAAACUCAACGGAGACUAAGGAGUCGCGCCGAUCAAAGAUGCGGCAGAAGCUUCAGAACUUCAGCAGCCGCCGCCGUCUUCGUCGUCCUGGAUCCGGAAGCGUCUCCGGAUUAGCCAGUCAGAGAUCCGUGAGCCAAGAUGAUUUCGCCGGCAUUGCUCUUCUCACUCUCAUCGGCGCGGAGAUGAAGUUCAAGGACAAAUGGCUGGCCUGUGUUUCCUUCGGUGAACAAACAUUCCGUACCGGAAUCUCUGAUUCUACUGAUAAGCCGAUUUGGAAUUCGGAGAAGAAGCUCCUCCUGGAGAAAAAUGGACCGAGUCUAGCUAGGAUCUCUGUAUUUGAGACCAAUAGAAUGUCGAAGAACAAUAUCAUCGGUUAUUGUGAUCUCGAUCUCCUUGAGUUUGUAGUGCAGGAACCUGACUCUACUUGCAAGCCAUUUGACCUGCUAGACCCGGCCUCGUCCGAUGUUGUUGGCAGCAUGUUCAUUUCAUGUUCCGUUGAGGAUCCUGUUGAAACCGAGAAAUGUUUCGCGAAGCGAAUUUUGUCCAUAGUGGACUAUAAUGAAGAUGGACAUCUCUCAUUCUCAGAGUUCUCUGAUCUGAUGAACGCUUUUGGGAAUCUUGUGGCUUCUAAAAAGAAAGAGGAGUUGUUCAAAGCGGCUGACCUUAAUGGAGAUGGUGUUGUUACGAUUGAUGAGUUGGCUGCACUUCUAGCCGUUCAACAAGAACAAGAGCCAAUUAUAAAUAAUUGUCCGGUCUGCGGGGAGGCGCUUCAACUGUCUGACAAGCUCAACGCAAUGAUCCAUAUGACUCUUUGUUUUGACGAAGGAACUGGUAAUCAAAUGACCGGAGGGUUCUUGACUGAUAGGCAGGCUUCAUAUGGGUGGAUGUUCAAACUAAGUGAAUGGACUCAUCUAUCAACUUAUGAUGUUGGUUUGAAUACUGGUUCAAGUGCUUCACAUAUUGUGGUGAUUGAUCGGAAGACUAAGAGGCUCGUCGAAGAGUUGAUUGAUUCAAAGAUUGUUAUGUCGAUGAGAGCUAUUUACCAGUCAAAAAUUGGACUCGGGCUUAUGGACCAAGGAGCAAAAGAGAUUUUGCAGAACCUUUCUGAGAAGCAGGGGAAGAAAAUGAACACAGCUGAAUCUGCCCAAAAUAUACCCAGCUUUCUCGAGUUUUUCAAGGAUCAAAUAAACAUGUCUGAAGUCAAGUAUCCUCUAGACCAUUUUAAGACGUUCAAUGAAUUCUUCAUACGGGAGUUAAAGCCUGGUGCAAGACCAAUUGCGUGCAUUGAUCGGGAUGAUGUUGCUGUAUCAGCUGCUGAUUGUCGAUUAAUGGCGUUUCAAUCGGUGGAUGAUAGCACGCGGUUCUGGAUCAAGGGUCGUAAGUUCUCAAUUAAAGGCCUCCUUGGGAAGGAUGUGGAUUCAGAUGCUUUCCUUGAUGGAUCUUUAGUGAUAUUCCGAUUGGCUCCACAGGACUAUCAUCGUUUUCAUUCUCCUGUUUCUGGCGUCAUUGAAAAGUUUGUCGACGUUCCUGGAAGCUUAUAUACAGUUAAUCCGAUUGCAGUCAAUAGCAAGUACUGUAAUGUGUUCACUGAGAAUAAACGGACCGUCGUUAUGAUAUCAACAGCAGAGUUUGGAAAGGUCGCAUUUGUUGCGAUUGGAGCCACAAUGGUUGGUAGCAUCAGCUUUGUUAGAAAAGAGGGAGACCAUAUAAAGAAAGGAGACGAGCUUGGUUACUUCUCAUUUGGUGGAAGCACAGUUAUAUGCGUCUUUGAAAAGGACUCGAUUAAGAUCGACGAGGAUCUCUUAGCUAACAGCGCUAGGUCCUUGGAGACUUUAGUUACUGUCGGAAUGCAACUAGGUGUUUCAUUUCCAAAGCUGGAAAACUGUUCUCUUGAAUCCUGAACUGCCUCAAACUAGUCAAAACUACGAAUGAUGUUGAUGUACUUCGGUUUGGUUUGAUUUGUUUUAGUUUUUUUUUUUUUCUUCCUUCAGAAACUCAAAUUAUCUUUUGUUUGAUACACAAUGACUUUGCUCUGUAUAUAUAAACACCAGUAUGUCCAGGCAUUGGUACUUGUUAAUAUUUGCUCUGUUUCGUUGUU